CUGAAAGGGCAUUGAUGGCCAGCGGUAUUUGACGACUAUUUGGUAACCCAUAAUUUCGUGGAGUUGGUGACAAAAUUGUGAAUCUGCGGAAGGGAAUCAAAUCAAAAGUUCAUUUUAAUCGAUAAAAUUUCCACUGAAUGGGACAACUUUCAAACCAGGCCCCGAUAGUUCGUCGUUGCAGAGAGAACAGAGAAGGUCACUUUUUUAGGGAACCGAAAUGAAAACAUGGCGUCAGCAUGUAGGGUUUUAUUAUCAGUGAGGAAGAGGUGCGCUCGAAGGUUUAACUUUCUAGCACUUCUUCCUUCAAGCUCUCACCAAUUGAAUUUCCACAAUGAAUCAAGUUCAAAUCCCUCGCUUAUCAAAUUGCUUCGGGUAUCCGAUUCGCGCCUUAAACCUACGCUGGAUCAGGAAUUUCGUUCCCUUAAAAGCUCCGAAAUUUCUUGGGAAUCUCUGGCUACCUGUCUAAGGCCUUCUUCUCCUGAGAAAGUUCAGCUGGUAUUGGAAUGGGUUUUGGAGAAAUUGCUGAAUGAAAAUGAGAGAAAUCACAAUGUCUUCUCCGAAUACAUAUUUCUUUGCGGCAAGCUUCAGAAUGUGCCACUUGCAAUGCAAGCGUUUGCUUCUAUGGAGGCUAAUGGAGUUAAACCCACCUCCCUGGUUUUUAAUUCUCUUAUAAAUGCUUGCUUGUGUUCCAAUGACAUUACCACAGCAUUUAGCUUAUUUGAGAUCAUGGAAAGUUCAGAGAGCUAUAAACCUGAUUUUCAUACUUAUAAUGUGUUUAUUACAGCAUUUUCAAUGUCAGGGAACGUUGAUGCCAUGUUAGCUUGGUACUCAGCUAAAAAAGCUGCUGGAAUCGGUCCUGAUCUUCAAACAUUUGAAUCCCUUAUAUCAGGUUGUAUCAAAUCAAGAAAUUUUGAACUUGCUGAUAGAAUUUACGAAGAAAUGAUGUCAUCAGGAAUUAUACCUAGUAUAUCCAUUCUGGAAAAUAUGCUUGAAGGGCUUUGCAAACAAAAGAGUUUGAGUCGAGCCGAGGAGUUCUUGAAGUUUGUGGCAAGUGUGAGAUGGGAGAUCAAUGAAAACAUGACUGAUAAAUUAAUAGCACUGUAUCAAGAAAUUGGGCAAGUGGAAAAGAUGGAGGAGCUGCUUGAAACUAUGAUGAAGUCCCAUCCUAUUACUGAUGGAGUACUCUCCCGAAUUCAUUGUGGGAUUAUACGGAUGUAUGCCAAACUGGAUAGAUUGGACGAUGUAGAGUUUGCCGUGGGAAGAAUGUUGAAACAAGGGCUCUCAUUCACAAGAACAGAUGAUGUUGAAAAGGUUAUCUGCUCAUACUUUAGAAGAGAAGCUUAUGAUAGGCUAGACAUAUUCUUGGAAUGUAUAGAGACUAGUUAUCCGCUCAGCAGAUCCACUUGCGAUUUGUUGAUAUCUGGCUACAGAAGAGCUGGAUUACGCGAAAAAGUAGAUUCAAUGAUGGAAGCCAUGAAAUCUGCUGGGGUUAUGUAGCACCUGUUGUGGGUGUCCAAACAAAAAUGCUUCAUUCUGGAUUUGUAAGCAGACAAUUGGUAUACCGUCAGUUGACUAAAAGGUGUCUGGAUAUCAAGAGAAGUGUUUUUUAAAAGUAUUUUUUCA